UUGGCCACGCCUUAUCCACACACUCCCCCAUUUCCAGACACAAUCUUAAGAACAUUAACAACAAACCCAUCACACAGAAUUCUCUUGGAAAGAGAAAAAACAGCAAUGUCUAUGGCAUCCUCAAUCCCCUAUAUCAAAAUCCCAAACACUUCAUCAUCAUCAUCAGCAGCAGCAUCUUCUACUUGUUGCAGACUGUGUACCACAGCCAAGCCUUAUAUUGUGACUAUAAGGAGUUCUCAGUCUGAAGGUCCUUUGAGAAGACCUACGGCACCUUCCCCGCCGUCUCCUGUCAAGCCAUUUCCUCCUUCACCGCCACCACCAACCACUCCUCCUCCUCAGUCUUCUUCUUCGCCUGCACCUGUGGGAGACCAGAAUGCGAUCAGUUUGGAGUUUCAGAGGCAAAAGGCAAAGGAACUGCAAGACUACUUUAAGCAGAAGAAGCUUGAGGAAUCAAAUCAAGGGCCUUUCCUUGGCUUCAUUGGAAAGAAUGAGAUUGGUAAUGGAAGGGACCGUAGGCAAAUUUUAACCUAUUUCUAUUAAUAACAUCCAAGCAAAGAACUUGCUAUAUGAUGACUGGUUUUUGGCGGUGUUGGUGUACUUGUAGAUGGGCAAUGUUCGGUUUUGCUGUCGGGAUGCUAACGGAGUACGCGACCGGGUCGAACUUUGUCGAUCAAGUAAAGAUCAUGCUCUCGAAUUUCGGGAUUAUCGAUUUGGAUUGAAACUCUUUUCCUUGUAACUUUAAAUGCUAUUUAUGUACAUUUUUUUUAUGAUCCAAUGUUGUUUUUUUGGUUAA